GUGUGUGUGUGUGUGUGUGUGUCUGAGUUGUGUGUCCGCCUCCCUCCUUCUCUUCACUUCCUGAAUCCCUCUCCUCUCACUCACAGCUACAUGGCAGCCGGACGCGCACUCACGAAGUAGAACCUGCAGAAUGACGACAACAGCUCAGCUCCAGCUCGCUUUGUUCUGACCAUAUCCUCCAAUGGGCUGAGGGCGUGGGCGGGACCAGGAUGAGUGGCGAGCUGCUAUUGGAGGAGACGCUCAUCAAGCGUUCACAGCAGAAGAAGAGGACGUCUCCGCUGAACUAUAAGGAGAGACUGUUUGUCCUCACCAGGAGCAGGCUGACGUACUACGAUGGACGAGCUGAGAAGAAGUUCAAAAGAGGAUCGAUCGAGCUGAGUCGCAUCCGAUGUGCAGAGAUCGUCAAGAACGGAGGAGGAAUCAUCCCCUGCCAGAAUAAAUACCCUUUUCAGGUGGUGUAUGAAACCAAUAUCCUCUAUGUGUUUGCGCCGAGUCACAACAGCAGAAGUCUUUGGGUCCAGAGCCUCAAAGAGGAGAUCAAGGACAACAACGGGGUCUUAACGAAGUUCCACCCUCAGUUCUGGCAGGAGGGGGCGUGGCUCUGCUGUCGCCAGGCGGAAAAACUGGCUCCCGGCUGUGAGGAGUACAACCUGUUUGGAGACAUUUCCAGAAAACCUUUACCCCCGAUUCCUGGAGAGGAGCCUAGAAACAAUUGUCGGCGGCCCCCUCCACCCGUCCCUCCGACCGGUGACGAUGAUGAUGACUACGAUGAAGACGACGAUGACGACGAUGACGAGGAGGUGGUGGUGGCACUGUACGACUUCCCGGGCGCCGAGUCUCAUGACCUGAGUCUCGUCAAAGGAGAGGAGUACAUCAUCCUGGAAAAGUGCGACGUCAACUGGUAUAAGGCGUGCAACCAGUAUGGUGAGGAAGGCUACAUCCCAAGUAACUAUGUAACAGAGAAGAAAUCCGGAAACCUGGUGCAGUUUGUUUGGUACAGUAAACAAGUCAACAGGAACAAGGCCGAGGAGCUGCUGAGGAAGGAGGACAAAGAAGGAGCCUUCAUCGUCAGAGACUCCAGCACUGCAGGAACCUACACCGUCUCUCUGUACACCAAGUCUGCUGCAGGGGAGGGAGGUGCAGCUAUAAAACAUUACCACAUCAAGCAGACGCAAGGCUCACCCCAACAGUUUUACCUGGCAGAGAAACACCUGUUCAACUCCAUCCCCGACCUGAUCGAGUACCACAAACACAACGCAGCAGGUCUUGUUGCCAGGUUGAGGUAUCCUGUCGGGAAACAGGACAAAUCUGCUCCAUCCACUGCUGGCUUCAGCUACGACAAGUGGGAGAUCAACCCCAGCGAGCUGACCUUCAUGAAGGAGCUGGGCAGCGGUCAGUUCGGUCUGGUGAGGCUCGGCAAGUGGAGGGCUCAGCACAAAGUGGCCAUCAAGGCCAUCAAAGAGGGAGCCAUGUACGAGGAGGACUUCCUCGAGGAGGCCAAGGUCAUGAUGAAGCUGUCUCACCCUAAACUGGUGCAGCUGUAUGGCGUCUGCAGCCAGCAGAAGCCCAUCUACAUCGUCACAGAGUUCAUGGAGCACGGCUGCCUGCUGAACUUCCUCAGGCAGCAACGAGGCAGCUUCAGCUUAGGGUCCUUACUGUCCAUCAGCCUGGAUGUCAGCGAAGGCAUGCAGCACCUGGAGGCCAACAGCUUCAUCCACAGAGAUCUGGCUGCCAGAAACUGUCUGGUCAAUGACUCUCUGGUGGUGAAGGUGUCUGACUUUGGCAUGGCCAGAUAUGUGUUGGACGACCAGUACACCAGCUCAUCAGGUGUCAAAUUUCCCGUGAAGUGGUCGCCUCCUGAAGUCUUCAACUUCUGCAAAUACAGCAGCAAGUCAGAUGUCUGGUCCUUCGGUGUGUUGAUGUGGGAGGUUUUCACUGAGGGUCGCAUGCCAUUUGAACAGAAUCAGAACCACGAGGUGGUUACCUUGGUAACCAAGGGUCACCGCCUCUACAGGCCCAAAAUGGCCACUGCCGCCAUCUAUGACAUCAUGCAGCUCUGUUGGCAUGAGAGACCGGAUGAGCGCCCGUCCUUCUCCCAGCUCUGCCUAAUGAUCUCCGACGCUCUGGAGGGUGACACCCCUCCACCAAACUGAUCAGCUGACCAAUCAGCUGCUUCCACCAUUUGCGCCAUCUGUGGCGGCCAUGUUGGUCCCUAACUCCAUGGUAACCAAGAGUUAUGGCAGUUAUUGUCUAAUAUACAGCACAAGAGGAUGGAGAACAUGGAAAAGACCGUGAGAUGGAACUGACCAACCACAGUGAGAGGAGCACCACUCAUCUGCCACUUGGUUUAUCCGAUCCAGAGACAAAAACCCUAAACAGCUGUACUGACAGCUGUGAAAACUAAAGCUGCGUUCAAACCACAACAGUGAUUACACAUAGUGAUGUAGAAAACAUGUAAAAGGCCGUCACGAUGAACAGAACUCCGUAAUUUUCAUGCAAAUGUUUUGCCUACUUGUCUGUGAGUCUGCCUCCGUUUCCUCCCAGAUAACGGCAUCAUGUUCUUUGGUCUGACUUCUGUAAGUGUGAAAGAGAAAGAGAGAGUUUUUUAGUAAUCAAAUGUAUAUUGAACCACAACACACAAUAUGAAUUUUCUAGCCAGGAUUCAGCUGUGUGAUUUUUUUGCUUUGAACAGUUAACAGGACAUUUGUUUUGUUUGUUUAUUUUAUUCCAAUGUCUGACUAAUGUAGCUGCAGGGUAAAUCUGUUUGUUUUAUGUCAUUUUCAUCAAAUUUCUCACAUUACUAUUAAAGUACUGUAAAGAAAAA